UCCCUAGUCUAUCCUUCAUCCUCUGUAUAUAAUGAGAGAUUCAGUUGCAUAUCCUUCAUACACUUCCUUAAACUCAAACUUCUCUUUACUCUUCUUUCAAAAACAACUAUUACUAUAAAUCAUGGCACCUCUAAAGCUUCACGGAGUUCCUUUUUCAACAUGUACUGCUCGAGUGAGGGCUUGCCUCGAAGAGAAAAACGUCGAGUAUGAGAUUUGUCCAGUUGAUCUUGGUACCGGAGCACACAAACGCCCUGAUUUCAUUUCCAAGAAUCCAUUUGGUCAGAUUCCAGUACUUGAAGAUGGAGAUAUCACUCUUUUUGAAUCAAGAGCCAUCAACAACUAUAUCGCGCACAAAUACAAAAAUCAAGGGACAGAUUUACUCCAACAUGGAAAUCUUGAUGAUUUUGCAAAAGUACUUGUAGGAUGUGAAGUAGAAUCUCAGCAAUUCAAUCCUACAAUGGGACCAAUUUUCUUUAACAUCUUUAUCGCUCCUCUGCGAGGUUGGGCUCCAGAUCAAAAGACUAUAGAUGAGAACGUCGUGAAAGUCGGGACAGUUCUUGAUGUUUAUGAAAAGAGGCUUAGCAGCAGUAAAUAUCUUGCAGGAGAUUGUUAUACACUAGCUGAUCUUAAUCACCUUCCUUAUAUUGCAUAUAUUAUGAAGACUCCACAUGCUGAUUUGAUCAAUUCUAGGCCUCAUGUUAAGGCAUGGUGGGAAGCUGUUUCAUCUAGGCCAGCUUCAGUUAAGGUCUCCCAAGGACUGACCUUGGGUAGCAGCCACUGAUCACUUAUUUCCAGUAAGAUGCAUGUUUUUUACACAACCCUGCUCCUCCUUGAGGUAGGCAGGUCACAGUUAUGGUGUGCUAUGCUCAAGUUUAUAAUAAGUGUAUAAGCAGGAUAUAAACUAUGUAUGUGUGUUGAAUAAUAGAAUAUGCUCAUGAUUCAGAUAUGUUUCUUGAUGAA